AUGGCUGAAGAAGGGCCUACAGCAAGGCAGCGAGCCAACUUCACCGACACCCUCUCCUCAGCGAGUCGCACAUUUCGCGCGCUCCACCGCGCGUUACGUGACGCUCCACCAGAUGAUUCGCAGCCGGAGUCAACCACCGCCCCCGAUGAGGAGGGUGAGGAAGAGGAGUUGCCGAUGGCACACGACGAUGAAGUGGGUGACGAAGACUACGAGUUUUCUGAGACAGAUCGCGGAUCACCCCCACGAUCACGCCCACAGGAGGCCGACCGACGCCAGGCGAGAAGGCGCGAACCCUGGGACCUCGAUGAGCUUGAGAAAGAUGAUGAGGACGCGGCCUUUGCCACUGCGUUCGACAGGGAGCUUCCUGCACUCUCCGAUGUUCCCGCUGGGAACCUCUUAUGCUACGCCUACCACAGGGUUGUGCGGAGAACUGGCUUCGACAGCAGCCCGCACCAUCCGCACGACUAUCCAUCCCACCUUCUUCACAGCUACAUCCUGGCUAUGCUGAACGUGCCUUGCCAGAAUAAGCUUGGCAGCCUCCCGCAUCUUCGGCAUCCAAGGCAUAGACAGGAGCCUGUAGAACUUACGUAG